UGUAAACAACUUCUUCAUUCUGUCCCGUCUUCCACAUAGCAAUAGCACGCAUCUUCCCCUCGGACCUUCAAGCAAUUGCCAAAAUCAUUCGUUAAUUUGGAGCCAGAAAACGUUGCUGUUGGUUUCAAUACGGUGUGACCUUAAGCAUAGGUCAAUUAUAUUUUGGCCCCAGUGCAUCCAAUGUGAAACGAACGAAGGAGCGGUUUAAGGUAUUAUUCUACUACAUUACCUUACUUCGUCAGGUGAAAAAGAACUGAGCUAAACUAGUAACAAUCAUCAAGAUGCCUUCGGAUCUGAAAGAAUUCCUACGGCAAGCGGCGAUGCAGGUCGGCGCUGGUGGAUCGGCCGGUUUCGUAGAGGUGUGCAUAAUGCACCCGCUGGAUUUGGUCAAAACAAGGCUGCAGCUGCAAGCUAGCCCUUCUGCCGGUGCCGCCAAAUCCACGACCUACUAUAACGGGGUGUUUGAUUGCAUCCGCAAAAUGGCCCGAUCGGAGGGAGUGUUUUCACUGUACAAAGGCAUCCUGCCGCCGGUGUUGGUGGAAACGCCCAAGCGUGCGGUCAAAUUUUUAACCUUCGAGCAGUACAAACGUUUCUUUCUGUUCGGAUCGGACAAACCAACGCCCCUGACAUUUUCGUUGGCUGGCCUGGGAGCGGGCGUAACGGAAGCUAUUCUGGUCAAUCCAUUCGAGAUGGUGAAGGUUACCCUGCAGGCAAACAAGAAUAAGAUGGGACAGGUCCCCAGCACGUGGGCCGUAACGAAGCAAAUCAUCCACGAGUCCGGCUUCGGGCUGAACGGAUUGAACCGCGGUUUAACCGCCACCAUCGGUCGCAACGGCGUAUUCAACAUGAUCUACUUUGGCUUUUACCACAGCGUGAAAGGGAUCGUUCCGGAGUAUAAGGAUCCUGUGCAAGAAUUCGUGCGCAAAGUUGGCAUCGGUUUCGUGAGUGGAACACUCGGCUCGAUCGUGAAUAUUCCCUUCGACGUGGCCAAAUCCCGCAUCCAGGGACCUCAACCAAUUCCCGGACAGGUGAAGUACCGUACCACGUUCGGGUCGAUGGUGAUCGUGGCGCGCGAGGAAGGGUUUGGGGCACUGUACAAAGGCCUCACCCCGAAGGUGAUGCGGCUCGGGCCGGGCGGUGCAAUCAUGCUGGUAGUUUACGACUAUGUGUACGCCUUUCUGGACGACUACUUUAAGCAGUAGUUGCGCAACGCACUAGGAGGACAGAGCUAGAUCAAAAUGGGACGGAACAUUCGUAAAAAACAACAACAUUCCAUUAGAUAAUUGAAGCGGUGCUUCCCUUUUUUAUAUGUGUUUUUUUUCUCCGUAUUUGAAGCACACUCGGCUUGGUGGUGCGAUUAAGAUGGUAAGUCGCAUUUAUACAAAAAAAAAA